AUGUUGUUGUCAUCAAAGACGGGUGAUGAGUAUGAUUUCGACUCUUCAGAUGAAGAAGACGUGAGAAAUACUGUUGGAAACAUACCAUUGCAAUGGUAUGAUUCCCUAGCGCACAUUGGUUAUGAUACCUCUGGAAGACCUAUAAUGAAGCCAGAUAUUUAUCAUGGAAAACCUGACGCUAUUGACGAAUUUUUGCGUAACACAAACAUCGAAGAUGGGGGAUCAAGCAUAGAGUGGCGUUGUAUACGUGACCCACAAACUGGACAGUUAGUGUUGUUAAGCGAUGGUGAUUUGGAGAUUGUUCACAAAUCUGUGAAGGGUGAGGGGAUUACUGCUGAUGCGAAAGAAGGACCGUUUGAGACGUGGGAAGAGUGGUUCACCAAGGAUGUUAUGCAAAUGCCACUUACCGCCCACCCUCCUCAAAAAAGAAGUUUCAUUCCAUCCCUGUUAGAUAAAAGACGAGUAGGUAGAAUGGUUCAUGCUAUUAAAAGUGGUUGGCUUGUUCCAAAGUUACCAUCUUGGGCAUUAAGCGAUCCAAAUAAUCUAGAUGAACUCCGAAGGUACGGUGCAUAUAUGGCUUCUGGAAAUCCGGAUGUACUAGAUGCAGAUUACGAUGAGGAACCGUUGAGUUUUAGUUCAUUUGAUGUAUCAACAUAUGUGUUUCCUGAUGUCUGGAAUAAUCAAGAUAAUGAAAAUGACCUUGUGAAUACUACGACAUCCUCAUGGCAGUCGAAAUUGCCAAUGCUUGCUUCCGAUUACCGGCCACCACGGCCACGUCCUUACCAAAAAGCUCCUGAAGAGCCUUUACCUGGACAUAUAGCCUCCUAUAACCCUCCUCCAGAAUUUUUACUUUCUAAGGACGAAGAAAAGAAAGUUAUGAAGGCUUGGCGGGAACGCGUACGUGAUGGGCAUGUUUCACGUGUUCCACCACAAAUGCCUCGAAAAUUUUCAUGUUUAAGGCAUGUCCCAUUUUCCGAACGUUAUCUACAUGAACGUGAAGAGCGUGUCAAAGAUUUGAUCAUGGCUACGCGUUUUGAAAAACAGCGUGUUGCAACUACUCCAGAAGCUAUGUUGCCACCCAUUCCAAGUCUUUCACAAUUGAGACCUUAUCCGAGUCAUAUUGGAUUACAGUACAUUGGUCAUUCAGGACGUGUAACCUCGCUAUCAGUUUCGCCAUGUGGACAGUGGCUUGCUAGUAUUUCCCCAUCUGAUGGUUAUUUACGCAUAUGGGAAACUUCUACAAACUAUUGUUUCCGCGUUUAUCGUCUUUCUAAUCCAUGUGUAAAAGAAAAAGUCAAAUUAAAACAAAAUAAGAUAGGAGAGUUAAAUUAUGAAGAUUCACAAUUUAAUAAUAAUGAUAUUGACGAGGAGGAAACAAAUCGUCAGCCGAGUGACGAUGAAGAAAACUGGUCUCCAUCUUCUCCUUCCGCUAUUGUAUCAUGGAAUCCUAAUCCGGAAUUACAUCUUUUAGCUGCAGCUAUUGGCACUCAGCUAUUCAUCAUUAAUCCAGCUUUAGGAGAUCGUGUUCGUGUGUCACACACUGAAUCAAGUCUUUUAAAGUGGUGGUCAGAUAUGAAUGAAAAUGUAGCUAAUAUAUCUGUCCAGAUACCAGAUAACAAGGCUGAAGAUAUUGUUGAUACCGCUGAAACUAUUCCAAGCAAACAAUUACGAUUAGAUGAUGAAAUGAAUAUCGAUGAUGAACAAUCAGAGAUUGAAACAAAAACAAUGGCUAAAUGGACUAUUAAAAUUCCACCACAGACUAUGAAUAAAGUGGCCAACUCCAAAACAUAUGAACGUCAUCGGAUUAUCAUCACUGUUACUGAUCCUAUAAUUAGUUUAGAUUGGCAUCCGAAAGGUGAUUAUCUACUUACUUUAUCUCGUCCAAUUCUUUCUUCACAUGUUCGUUCACGAUCAGCUAAACGAUUAUUACUUCAUCGUUUAUCGAAAAUGUCUAGUCAAGCUCCAUUCUCGGACACUGGUAAACCAGUAGAAUGGAAACAAGCUGGAUUUCAUCCAACUGGUAAACCGCAUUUAUUUGUUGCUAGUCCGCGUGCAGUACGUAUAUAUGAUUUAGUGGAACAAAAAGAAUUACGUUGUUUACGAUUGGAAAGUUCAUCGAAUUUCAUCAGUUGCAUGGCACUUCAUCCAUCAGGAGAUCAUUUAGUUGUUGGUAGUUAUGAUAGUCGAUUUAAUUGGUUCGAUAUCGAAUUGGGUAAUGUUCCAUUCAAAAAGUUACAGCUUAAUCAUGGUGCUGUCAGACAGUUAGCAGUCCAUUACCGUCGUCCAUUAGUUUCUGUAGCAUUGAGUGAUGGUACGAUUCUCAUAAUUCAUGGAAAAGUAAUCGAUGAUUUAUUAUCGAAACCAGUUGUUAUACCAGUUCAAUUAAUUCGUACUGGACAACCAACAAGUCAUUCGAAUGUAUUUUCCACUGUGUUUCAUCCACGUCAACCACAUGUAUACAGUGGUGGGGAAGAUGGCAGUGUUAAACAAUUUGUUGCAUGGAAAUAA